AUGUAUACAAAAUACAGUAAUUUUGUUAAACCGUGUUGUACAUAUUCGUAUAGUGACAAUGAAACUAUUUUAAAACCCACGCUUCUAAGUGGUGAAGAAGCGAAGCAAAUAUAUCUUAGUGAAGUGGAAACAAGCUCAGAAAAGAAAAGCAAACAUUCGCAGGCCAAAGUUACUGAUGUCGUUCGGAAGUAUCAUGAUGAACAUGGAUUUAUGAAGUCAGAAAUAUUAGAUAGAGAUCUGUUUUUGUCUGCUGAGAAUGACGAUAUCGACACAAUAAAACAGGCAUUAGAUGCUAGUCCAGAUAAGAUUAAGAUUUUGGAUGACUAUGGUUGGAACUUACUUAUGAUAGCAUGUCAAGCUAAUAGCAUAAAUGUUGUUAAAGAAUUAUUAUCUCGAGGUAUAGAUACUUCUGUUAGAGAUAAGGCAGGUAACUCUGCACAAAGUCUAAUUAUAAAAAACAAAAAUUACGAAUUAGCUGAUAUACUUUUAAGUUACCGAGACAGAAGAAAAAAUGAAUCUGCUAGAACAUUUGCACCUAAUCCAGAUGAGGAAAUUAUGGAUUUCAUCUGUGAAACAUGUAAUAUUAAAGUGACUGCUAAUAGAAAAAAUCAUUUAUCUUCAACUGAACAUAAUUUGAAUCUUAGUAAAGGUAAAAAAAUACCAACCAAUUUUAAAAUUCCUGAAUCAAAUAGGGGAUUCCAAAUAAUGUUGAAAGUAGGUUGGGACAAAGAAUCAGGUUUGGGGCCUCAAGGCAAUGGCCCAAAGUACCCAAUCAAAACUGUACAAAAACAAGACAGGAAAGGUCUUGGACAUUCAAAAAAUCUUUCUGGUUCUAUAGAAAAUAAAGAAAUUGUGAAAUUUAAGAACAGAAGAAAAAUGAUAAAUAAUCAUAAAAAUAAUAGGAAUAUUGAAGUAAAUUUCAGAAGGCAAUUUUAUUGA